AUGCCGUACGUUCCUUUUAUAUCUUUGACCGACUUGACACUCCCUCAUGUCCUGACUGACUCCCUCCCUCGCGCAACGUGUCCGGUUCAGCGAGUACACUUACACGACCUCACCAACCCUACCGUACCCAAAUCACUCCCUACCCAAGGCGCGAUCCUCGACGUAACUUGGGCACCCGAUUCCAAUACCAAGAUUUAUUAUGCCGGACUCGCGGGUCAAGUCAGAUCGUGAGUCUCGGGUCGUGAGCGAGUGGGAGCGUGGGAGAGGGGAGAGGGUUAGGGCGGUGCUGGGUGCUGAUCGAGCGGGGUUGAGGGGUGCGAUUGGAUUAGGGUCGAUUUCGAAACGGGCUUGGAUCAAUUCGUGUGCGCUCAUCAAGAACCCGUGAAAUGCGUCGAGUAUUCGGAUCAAUUGAGUCAGUUGGGGAGCGUAUCGCUCACACAGGGAAUGAAUUUCCGGAAUUGGAGAAUUGAUAAAAAAAAGUCAUUCUCUCUCUCUCUCUCUCUUCAGACGCCGUCAUCUCCGCUUCGUGGGACAAGACACUUCGCAUCACUUCCCCGACCUCUUCGAUCGUUCUCCCCAUCGCCGAUAAAGCCUAUUGUCUGGCCCUUUCCCCGACCAAACUCGUCAUCGCCAUGGCCGGAAGGCGCGUGUGGAUUUACGAAUUGAAUACGUUGAAAGAGGCCUUGCUCAAAGGGACCCAAGGGGAACAAGUCGAGGUUUGGCAAAAGAGGGAGAGCAGUCUCAAGUUCAUGACGAGGGCUUUGAAAUGCAUGCCUAAUGAUGAAGGUCAGUCCAAAUUCUCCUCCUAAUCGGAUCAUGGUAUGCGGACCACAUCUGAUGUGGUGUGUUGUACACACACACCCAGGUUACGUCACCACUUCGAUCGAAGGUCGAGUAGCAGUAGAAUUCUUCGACCCUUCCCCCUCCGUGCAAGCCAAAAAAUACGCGUUCAAAUGCCAUCGUCAAGUCAUAGACGGCGUCGAUACCGUGUACCCCGUGCAAGGUCUCGCGUUCAAUUCGCUGCACGGAACUUUCGUCACCGGCGGAGGGGACGCGACCGUUUCGAUUUGGGACCCCGUCGCGAAGAAGAGGUUGAAGCAAUGGCCCAAGUUCAGGGCAGCAGUCGUAGCGUGCGAGUUCAAUAGGGACGGGAAAAAGUUGGCCGUCGGUUGGAGCUCGGACGAUUUGGCUGAUGCUGCGGUUGGCGUUCAUGGGCUUAGUGUGAGGGACGUCGGGGACGAUGCGAGGGGGAAGGGAACGAAGUAA